ACCCGCGCUAUCCAUCCAAUCUCAGUUCUUUCCCCAGCAUUUUGUCUUGCAAAAAUGUCUACCCUUCUCGUUGAAACCACUUAUGGUCCAAUCCUUGGCUUUCAAGAUACAUUCCCUUUGCAAGAUAAAUCUUCUUUCACUCAACCUUGUCAUGGUCAGGGUGGAGGCCACGAUCCUGUCCUGAAGUGGCUGGGUAUUCCUUACGGUCAAGCAAAACGAUGGAAAAAACCAGUUGCCCCCGCAUCAUGGUCAGAGCCCCUGAUGUGCACCGAAUUUGGGCCAUAUUUUCCCCAAGCUUUCGACUUGCUUGAUCAGAUCUACCAAGGAAAAUCGGGCUACUUUUCACGUACAGCUCAUCUACCCUGCGAGGAGGAAAAUGGAUUCAAUCUCAAUGUUUUUGCACCCUCUGGUACUCAGCCUGGAGACAAUUUAGCAGUGAUGGUAUGGAUCCAUGGCGGAUCUCUUGAGUCGGGACCUUCUUCCUCACUGCUGUAUGAUCCUACGGAAUGGAUAAGAUCCCAAGGGAAAUCUGGGUGUAUAGUUGUGACAGGAAACUAUCGGACCAAUAUUUUAGGAUUCUUGGCCUGUCAAGAUCUGGCGGAGGAAGACGAAGGUGGCCUCGCUGGUAAUUAUGGGGCCUAUGAUUGUAUCUCGAUUUUAGAAUGGGUCCAAGGUAACAUCAGAUCGUUUGGUGGUGAUCCGGACAAUGUCACGAUUUUUGGUGAAUCUGCGGGCGGUUUCCUCGUCGGAGCACUCCUUGUCACACAGAAGAAGCUAUUCAAACGCGCGAUCAUGCAAUCCGGAUUUCCAGGUAGUCUGAAACACCUUGAGCUCGACUCGGGAUCGGGUCAUGCGGUAUACCGGGCGCUGUUGGAAAAACACCCGACACUCUCUGAGCUACGAUCAACGGAGCGAUUAGAAUUCCUCCGAAACAUUCCGCAAGACGAGCUUGUAUCUUUUAUGGCUGCGAGAGGCAGUGUUAUCAAAGAGUAUGGCAUUACGAUCGAAACUUCUUUGAAUGCUGCUUCUAUCUGGACGAAACCGACUAUUGAAUUGAUCAAAGAAGGGAAAUGGAAUCCAUACCUCGAAACUGUCCUCCUUGGGACCACCAAGGAUGAAGGAAGCUUGUUUGCAUGUUUAUUUAACGCUUCGAAAGGCAUCGGACUCGAAUUCCUUCUGAACACGCUUGCUCCGUGGUGUCCAAGGAAGACUAUUGAUGAACUAUACCCUAACAACGAAUUAGAGACGGAUUGGAUAAAUUGUACUGGAUCUCGCUUGGUGACAGAGCAGAUAUUUGAAAGUCCUCUGGAAGAGGUAGCUUCCGCGUUUAAUACCAGUAAGAAUUUGCAAACAGAUGAACUGUGUAAAGCUUACAGAUACAGACUGGAUGCAUCGAUUGAAGACAGCCGGGGGUGGGGGUGCUUCCAUACGGUAGAUGUGCCAUUGGCCUUUAACAUCAAGAGUAUGUGGAGACCUGAUUCCUCAGAAUCAAAAGUGGCGAACCAAAUUGGGAAAGCAUGGUUUGAAUUCGCUCGUACGGGCUCGCCAGCUUCAGAGUGGCCUCAAUAUACGACAGUGGGAUCCCAAGUUUAUAUCUUCCGGGAGAACGGCGAAUGUAUUAUUGAGAAUCUGAAUUCAACUCGCUCGCAAGUUGAACAAAAGAGGAUAGCGUAUUGGAUUGAUAAGAUGCCUUAUCUUACAUCUUCACGAGCCAUGAAAGAAACCAAGCUGUAAAUAUGGGGUAACAGUCGUAAUUAUAACAAGCAAGCACUAUAUUUUCUUUUUAUUUGUUCUAGCAUUGAAAUUUUGAUAAUCUUGGAUUGGUGCAAUUCGAAUGGUGUCUAUUGCCCUUUUGGGGCCAAUGGGAUGUUCAAACCUUCAACAUUUU